AUGGGCAUACAGGAACUGCCGAAAUACAAAUGGGGUUUCAAAGAAGUCAAAACGCCUGCUAUGUGGAAAGCAGUGGCGGGCGAAUUUAUUGGAACUGCCAUUCUUCUUUUCACCCAUUGUCAGUUAACUAUCCGAUGGCCCAGGUUUCCGGAAGACGGCAAUAUCGUCCAGAACGCUCUGGGCACUGGUUUCACAGUGGCGUCCAUCAUCGAGGGGUUUGGUCAUCUUAGCAGGGCGGUGGUCAACCCCGCCAUCACGUUGUCCUUCGUUAUAGCCAGAAAGGUGUCGCCCACGCGAGGCUUAUUCUACGUCCUGGCGCAGUUACUCGGUGGCAUUGCAGGAACAGGACUCUCUUGGCUUGUCACCCCGACGGAGAGAGUGGGUAACUUUGGGGCCGUGUUCGUGCACCCAGAUAUUACGUUGUGGCAAGGUUUUCUUAUGGAGACGUGCCUCACCUUCAUGCUGGCGUUCGUCAACCUGGCUUCCAUCGAUGAUCGUCUGCGUCCCGUCAACAUGCCGUCGGUGGCAGUGGGUCUUCUCGUCUGCGUGAUGGUCUUUACCGGGGCAACCCAAACUGGCGCCUGUAUGAACCCCGCUGUUGCUAUGGGACCCCACGUGAUCCUGAACCAAGGCUGGAUGUGGGCACAACACUGGUUGUACUGGGUCGCUCCCUUCACCGGCUCAGCCAUAGCAACCGUACUGUACAUGUUUUUCUUCACCUGGGGUGUCAAAAGUCUCGAAUUUCCAGACGGCGACAAGGAGGCUGACCCCUACGCUGAGACAAGAAACGAACUACUGGACGACAUUAUUCACGCUGUCUCAACCACGUAUAAACAACACGAAGCCCGCAGUCUGAGAGAAAGUAACGGUAAAGCUGACCGAGGAAAAGAUUCGGAACCCAGACCUGCCUUCAUUGCCCUCCAAGAUGUCAACAGCUUUCCUAGUUAA